AAAGGAAUUCUGAAAAUAUGACAUUAUAAUAAAUACCAAAAAGCUUGCAAGGCAUUAUUGUACAUACAUAUAAUUUUAAAGUAACCCUUGCAAAGCUAGAACAAAACAAGAAGACAAUCAGACUUGAACUUUUUGAAUAAAUUUAUAAAAUAAAGUGUGAAGAAAAAAAAACGUGGUUAUGCAGAUAAAUAUGUGCGUAUAAAACAAACGUUUGACAGACAAUUGACGAUUAAGAAUGAAAACUUUGAUGUUUUUGCUUAUGAUAACAGUGUUUGAAAAUGCUGGGAGUGUUAACUCUCUUAUGGAAGAACCACACGACUACACAAUUUCUUUUUUCCAGUUUGAUCCAACAGAACUUGGCGUCGAAAAAAAAGAAAGCAAAAAAGACAUUAAACCAAGUGAUAUUUAUUCCAAUAAAAAUGUAUCACGUACAAAUAAAAGUAAUUCACAUUUAAAUAAAACAUUGCUGCAUAAUAUUAAAAAUAAAAAUGUAACGUUAAAUAAAGUUAACUCAACAAAAAUCAAUAGCAAAAAGCCGAUUAUAAAAUUGGUCACAGACUUUGCAAAAAAUACAAGUAAAAUUCAUCCUGACAAAAACAAACCAAACACAACCAAACAUAAAAUGGCGACGCUGUCAAACUUUGAGACCUUUUUUGAGAACCAUCACAACUUUUAUAGAAGUGAUGUUUUAAAUCCGAAUCCACGGCCAUCAGUAGAACUUGCCCUACACAACCUUCAUCUGCCUAAAUCUAUUGUAGGAAAGAAGCCAAAUACUUUAUAUACAUCAAACCACACUUUUCCAGAAAAUGCACACAACUCUCUAAUUAAAGCCAGUCAAAAUAUUAUAGUAAAACAUGAAAAUACAAGUUAUGUUUUGGAAGAUCUCCCGUCGAAACAAGAAGGCCCAAUGAAAAAAAUUGACACUGCUUUAAACAAAAACACGGCGUCAACACUUAUUAAAAAAGAAGAUAAUUUAUUGCUGUUAAAUACAACAUUAAAGCACAAUAUAACUAAUAAACCUGUUAACCAUAUAAAAGAAAUAACUGUUUUAAAAAAACACAAUUCUUCUGAUUCCACUAAAAAUGAUACAAAUAUUAUCAAUAAGAAAACGCAGUUAUCCAAACUUGAAAAAGAUAAAAGAGUCAACAAGGAAAUAUUAGAAGCUGCAAAAAAAAUUGUGCCUGUAAAAAACACAGUAAAGCCUAUUCCAAACAUAAAAAAUGUAUCAUUUUCACAGGCAGCUGAGUUACAAAAACGAAAUGUGACAUCACAAUUUAUUGCCACAAAUGACGAUGCACUAAAUCACGGAUUAGCUAUAAAAAGUGAGAAUCAAAAAAACGAAAAUCAUAUUGUCACUGAGUAUUUACAUGUUGAAUCAAAUCAAAAAAAUAAAAACUUUCAUGCAAAACAACCUGUUGAUGAAAUUGACGAGUUUCGUUCAACUAUAUCAAAGCAUCGAGAAAGUGUUGCAAAGUUUAUCCCAUUGUACAAAAAUAUAAGUAAAAAAGAUCGUACGAUGAGUUUUCAGCGUGGUUUGCUUAAACAUCCGGAGCAUAAAAUGUUUCCAAAGUGUCAUACAUGUCAGCAAAACUCGACCUAUGCACAGUGCGUUAAAAGUUCAACUUUACUUGAUUGCAAUAAAGGACUAAACAAUAUAUGUUUCACAAGAUCAACCAAAAAGUACGGAACAAUAUCGUAUGAAAUGGGUUGCGCAGACCAUAAGCAAUGCAACGAUGCAAGAGCGUUCCCUUGUAAAGAUGGAUCAAAUGCAUGUUUUACAUGCUGUCAGUUUGAUAGAUGUAACUCAAGUCCUCAUCAUGGAGAAUAUGAGUUAGACUCACUAAAUAUGGACGAACUUGUUUCACUUGAUGCUUCAGAAGCAAAAUCUCCUGCAACUUUAUGUACAUUUAAUUGGACAUGGGUUUUAGGUGGAACAUUCCUAAGUCUUAUGCUAUUUUUUGUCUGAUUGUGAUUGGUUAUUCACUUUUAUUAUAUUAUCAGUUUUAGUUUA